AUGGAGAUUUUAGACGAUAUCGAAGCAGCGUGUGUUCUUUAUGCAUUAUACGAAAAUAAUGAAUUAAAUAAAAAACCAAAACCAAAAAAACAGAGACGCCAUUGGGUACAUCCGCUGAACCUUAAACGGCCACAAGAAGGUCAAUUUCAGGUCACAUUCAUGGCAUUACGCAGUUAUCCAGAAGAGUUUGUUAAGUAUUACCGAAUGUCAAUUGCAUCAUUUGAUGAGCUGAUAUCAUUGAUUAGACUACCUUUGACCAAACAAGAAACUGGUUUACGAGUACCAAUCUCUUCAGAAGAAAGACUUACUGUUACACUGAGGUAA